GUCCCGGGGCCGGGCGAGGCGGAGCCGUCGGGCAGCGCUACCGGUGCCCAUGGGAGCCCGGGGGAAGCUGCGGGCCGGUGGAUGCCCAUGGCUUUCAGCCCGGGGCUGCUGGUGGUGGCCGGUUCCUUCGCCGCUUUCCGCCUGUUGAACCGGGGGCUGGAGCGGUUGGUACCGCCGCCGCCCUCGGCCCGGCGCAACCGCUGGAAGUGGCGCAACAUCUGGACGUCGCUGGCUCACAGCGUGCUCAGCGGCGGCGGGGCGCUGGCCGGGUUCUGCCUCCACCCCGGGCUGUCCGAGGACCUGGUGGGCACGCACCCACCCGGCGCGCACAGCCUGGUCGCCGUGUCCGUAGGUUAUUUCCUUGAAGACUUUGUGGACAUGUUGUGCAAUCAGAAACUUCACCAGUCCUGGGAGCUGCUCUUCCAUCACUCUGUGGUGAUUGUCUGCUUUGGUAUUGCAGUGCUGCUCCAUCAAUAUGUGGGGUUUGCCCUCGUGGCUUUACUGGUGGAGAUUAACUCCAUCUUCCUCCACCUGCGGCAGAUACUGCUCAUGGCCAACCUGGUGCACACCACCUGCUACCGCCUCAACAGCAUCGUCAACCUGGGCACCUACGUGGUGUUUCGCAUUGCCACACUGGCCUGGAUGACCCGCUGGCUCUUCCUCAAUCGGGAGAAUGUGCCCCCAGCAACGUACGCCGUGGGUACAGUGGGCAUGGCAAUCAUGACACCCAUGAACAUCAUCCUCUUCUAUCGCCUGCUGCGUAGUGACUUCUUCAAGGCCAGCCGGGACGUGCAGCAGGAGAAGGAGCAAUAGCCCCCUUCCCUGCAGGGUCUGGGGGAUGAGCAGCCCUGAGCCUAUGGAGGAGGACAGCAAAGUGCAGUGGAGAGUGAGCGUGGCUGUUUCAGCGCCUUGCUUGGAGGGUUCACGCUAACAGAGCAUCCGGGCUUUUCUUGUGGUUGCAGAUCCUGGGCCCUGCACAGCAGAGAAGGUGCUCACGGACCAGGUACUGGGGCUGUGCUCCCCCUGCACCUUUGGAUGACGUGGUCGGACAACCAGGAGCUGCUUGGAGAAGCCCUAACAGCUCUCGCAGCUCUCCAAGGCACCGCUGAGAUGAGAAAGGAGUGGAAGAGCACUGUUUCCCCACUGCUCUUCUGGAAAUCCAAACACCACAGUGUGUUUCUAACCCCUGUGGUGCUGCACCCUGCAGCGUCACAUUGGCCAGGGGACACUGCACUCAGCCCUGCAUUCUCUGGCACUUCCCAUGGGAGCACCACCAGGCAAGAGAGGCUCCAAGGCUUUGCCCUUGAGGCCAGGGCCAGUAGAAGCCAAAUCCUGCACUCAUAAGUCCUCCCCGAGGAGAUUGUCCCAGGUGGGUGAUGGAGGGAGAGGCUGAAACCUGUCUGGGUGGGAUGCUGCCCGCUGUGGGGUCCAGGUCGGGGGCAGAGCACCGGGCAGCAGGUACUGCAGCACUGUACUCGGGGACAGGCGGCCGACUUCUCCUGGCAGCUGGAGCUUUUUCCAUGUUGUUUUGUUCCCAGCUAAGUCAAGUGUCCAUAAAUGAGCAUGGGAGAGCGUGAGUCACUGUCCAGGAUGAUGCUAUGUGAUGGUCACUUCCCACAGACGAGCAGUUUAGGUGGGCCAGAUUCAGGCAUCUAUUAGGAAUGAAAAGUCCUGCUGCAGAGCCCAGCGUGAUGUUCUUACCCAGCAGCAAGAGCUCUUACUAACACGAGCUUUUAAUAAACAGCUGCAAAUGAAACGGCUCGAGAGGAAGGGGCUUAGAGGGAAAAAGGGACUCAGCAUCCCAGCUUGUCCCAGGGUGUCACUGCUUCUUGUCCUACGUUAAAAACACACAGUAUGCUAGCACAGUCUACCUCUCUUGGGUUUUUUUCCCCCCCCUCUCUUUUCCAUGGAGGAAGAUGAAGGUUUUUCCAAUUCCUGCUGACACUCUCCUGCCCUCCUAGGCAAGGGGAGGCUGCGCUUCCCUUGGGGCUGGCCACUGGGAGGCUAAAUGUCGGCAGGACUGGUGCCAGCUCCUGCCGUGGCUCUGCCUUACCUUUAGCCCUGCUGCACCGAGCCGCUUGCAACCUGUGGGGUUAGGAAAGUGCCGGCUGUGAAAUCGGGCAGGCUGCAGGCAGAGCACCCAGCACGUGGCUUCGCUGCUCUCGUUCUCCAUGCUGGACACCAGCUUGCAGCAAAGCUAGGAUCCUUGUGGUUUGCUCUGCCUGUCCCUGGAGGCUUCCUGGGACAAGGAAAAAGCAGGUUUUCAUUUUUUUCCCCUCACAUUUCCUUUUCCCCAUCAAUUCCCACACAAUGGACUGUUCCCCAGCAGCCCAACGCCGUGUAUAAAAGGAAGAUCAUCCCACUCGGGAUUAUGUGUACUGGUUUUGAGAAAUCCACUGGAUUUGUCGUGCUUUCUGUGUGGCAAAUAACAUUUAACUCAAAA